CAGCACUCCAGCAGGUAUGUUUACCCUUCCCUCAUCGGCAUUCCUGAGUGUGUUUCACCAAGGGAACGGAUUGAGAGAAGAAUAAGAGGUGGGAGGCCUGCACCACCACAAGUAGGACUGACUGAGUGUCAGGGAGGUGUUACAGAAUGUCGGAGGAAGUGGAAGUGCUCUCUGGGAACACCCUUUCAGAAGAAGUUGAGAAAGUGGUGGAGAAGAUUAGCAACACUACAGUGGAAUUUCGUGUGCCAAGAAUCAACUGUCCUGAGCAUAUUAUAUUGGUAGUGGAUGUGUGGGAGGUGGGAAACACACCCUACAGACUUGCUGAUGGGUCAAAGUUCUCAGCACUGUACAUGGUGAAGCGGGCACUUACCCUCUUUCUGCAAAACAAACAUGCUAUUGAUGCAAGACAUAAGUUUGCUUUGGUGUUGCUACAUGACAUACCAGUGUGGGUUAGCGACUUCACAAGUGAUCCUCGGAAAAUCAUCUCUGAUUUAGAAUUGGCUGAAGAGAGACCAGCUACCACCCACUGUGACUUGAGCCUGGUGUUUGAACUUAUUGCACACCAGAUCUCCCUCCCCAAAUGCUCCAAUCCAUCUGUUGUGCCUCCUCCUCAUAUGUAUAGGACCAUUUUCAUUUAUGGAAGGUCACACUGUCUGCCACAAUUUCUACAAGGAAAGGAGCUCUUCUCUCACCUCACCCAGAGCCCUCACUUUGUCCUUGAUGUUUUGUACACACAUGAAUCACCCUCAGACAACAACAAGUGUGAAGGCAUAUUUGACUUGCUUUGUGGCCUUGAUGAAGGAGGCUGGAGCUAUGUGCUGGAGGUUUCCCGCAAUGCUACAAAGCUUCACAACUACUUUGGCACUCUCCUGGCGCAUCCCUUCCAGCGCCCCAUACAGAAGGAUAUCAAUUACACUCUUGUUCCAAAGGAUUGAUGAUUGAAUUUAGAAUUUAAGUUGUAACAUACCACAAGGUAUGAAUUUUUUUAUACCAAAGGAAUGAUAUUUGUCACGAUAACUGAUCUAAGUCACCUUUGGGACAACAUGCACUCCUAGCCUUUGUAUGCUGUGCCAAAUGGUUAGAGAUUUAUAUUUUUUUAUGAAUACUUUUUUUUUUUUUUUUUUUUUUUUUUUUUAAGACUAUAAUUUUGCUUGAUUAUAAGAUAUCAAAACUAUAUAAAUUAGAUUUGAAUCAAGAUUCUUCCCAGUUUAUAAAAUGAUCUUGAAUUCAUGGUUGUACUGUAACUGUGCAUUUAAUAUCUUCAAUGCAUAAAUAAAAGGAUUCUUGACUGCAAAAGCUUUUUA